AUGAUGGAUAAUCAGGCUGUGAAAUCGCUGCUAGAAAUGGGUAUUCCGCACGAAGUGGCUGUGGACGCCCUCCAGAGGACUGGCGGUAAUUUGGAAGCAGCAGUUAACUUUAUCUUUUCGAAUGAGCUGCCGGAGCAAGCGGCUGUGAAUGGUGAGAAUGAUGUCAAUCAGCCAAGGAUUUCCGAGAACAAAAUAGAGGCUGGAGCCAAGUCCUAUGAUGUUCCGAACAACGGGGACCAAGACAUUGAUAUGCCGGAUGUGAGUGGUGUCGAUGUUGAUUACGAUGAUGAUGAAGACAUCACAGAUGAACGCAGUGGUUCUAAUAGCACUAAUGGAUGCAGGCCUGCUGCUCGAGAUUACGACCAUUAUGCUAUAUCGGAGACAUCCAUUCCUCCCCCCUCUUAUAGUAUAGUGCAACAUAACGAGUUCAAGUCGACCACGGAGGACCCUACAGUCGUAUUGCCGCUACCCCUAAAUUCUUUAAUCGAGAGCUAUUUUGGGCUGUUUGCAUUGCUUGCGGCCGUAUAUUUCCCACACGUGUUCUUGAAACCGGACUUCAAGGAUUUGAACUAUAGGGCGGACUGGUUCAAGGGCUCGUCAUUUUCGGAACCCAGAUACAGGCUUGCAUAUUGCGAGGCAGAAGAUGGUUCCACUACGUCGGAAGUCGUGCUGGCAAGCGGCCCUAGUGAUGAGUUGCAACCGCACCUUCUGUGGCAGUUACAGAGACUUAUCUCCGUGGUCAACACGCGGAUGUGUGAAAGAGCAUUUGUUUCAGCCAAGCUAUUUACAUCGUCCUUAGAACCGCAAUUAAAGUCCAAGCUGGCUGAUUCCGAGCAUCUUUACGAGGUGCUCCCAGCAUUUAUCAAGUCGCUGGCUGUAGAUUUAGAAAUGUGCCCCGGGAUCAGAGACCGAGAAACAAGAAACCUAUUUAUAUCUUCUGCUUUACAUACCCCGAACAGGAAUGAGCCUCCGAUAGAGACAUUUCUGUCCCUAUUCCAUUUUCUUCCCGAGGAGUACGAUUCCAACCUAUACAAAAUGUUCAAUGUCUUAUUGUACCCUGAAGAGGAGGAACAAGAGGAAGACAUAAUUCGUGGUAGCGCUGGUGAGCAAGAAGAAGAGAGGUAUGUGGAACCGGAGAACACUUUAAAGGAGGUGGCACCUGUAUUAACAAUACUGUUCAAUGAAUUAGAAACAAAUACCGAAUCGGUGACUCUCCCCAAUGGCGUGGACAUACCACUUGAAUUCUAUCCACAGCUUUACACCAAACGGUGCAAAGACCAACUAAUGAGACAUAUUAUUUCUAAACGAAGACAAGCCCGGACAAGAUCCAGAUCUUUACUCCAAGAGAUUAGCGAUUUAAAAAGUUACCAAGGCAAAAACAUAUCCACCAUUCUGGAGUCGACGCUGGCGUAUCUGCAAACAAUUCCUGACGACGCUAAUAAUGAGGCAGUAAAGCAGAUCGCGUCAUUGAAAGAUACGUUAAAUUCUAUGAGAGCCGCUAAAAUGGAGGAAUACAAGGACUUGGCUUCUAAAUUACAUGGAGAAUGGAACCUUUCACAUCCAGAAACACAUAUAAUCAACACUGCAAAGCAACUGGGACUGAUCGAAAAUCCCUAUAUCCUCACAAUGGCAGCACUAUCCCCAUAUUCCUACUUCAUUAGAAGCAGAAACGGUUUAUGGUCCUGGGUACAAAGUAAUACUUUGGGUACAGAAUUUAAAGUAAAAAGAUGUUCGUCGCCUUCUGUCGUUCAAGAAGCCAUCAGGCAUGGCACGAAAUACGCAAGUGAAACCCCGCUGAUGUUCAUAUACUGUGAAGAGGGUGAAAUUCCCACGGAAGAAGUAGUCGCGGAAGCGUUGAAAAGCAACAGAGGGUGUUUGAAAUUUGCUGAGGAUGACCAAAAUUCAUUAAAAACUUUACGUUCCCAAUUUUUCGAUGGUGUUGGCGACAUUGGUCAAGCCACCAACAAUAUCAUUAAUGGUAACGAUAAUGACAGCGACGAUGAUUUCGAUUCUGAUGAUUAG